GAGAGAGAGGAAGAGAGAGAGAGAGAGAGAGAGAGAGAGAGAGAGAGAGAGAGAGAGAGAGAGGAAGGGAGGGAGAGAAACAGAUAGGCAGAGAAGAGAGAAAGGAAAGAGAAAGAGAGGGGAGAGGGGUGAGAAUUUGAGGUUUAAAAAGAAGGAAUGGACUGAAGAAGAGAAAAGACAGAAGGGGAACAGACAGAGACAGGAAAGAAGGGAGGAAGGUGUGUGUGAGAGAGACAGAAAGCCAGAGACAAACACAGGGAAAGAGAAAGAAGAGAGAAAAAAGGAAGGGAGUUACUGAGAGAGGGAGAUAAAGACAGAAGCGGAAGACAGAGGCAGGGAGAAAAAAAAGGAGAGAGAGAGCUGAAAGGGAGGAGAGACAGGGAAAAGGUAGGGAAGGCUAGGACUGGCUCAGAGCAGGGGAGAAGGACCCUGAGUGAGAACCUCCACUAGUCUGAUAUUUGGAGAUUACAGGCCCCUAGAAAGAGGAGGAGGGAGGGAAUUAUCUCCCACUGAAAAGCAGGAGAGAGACAGAGAUAGAAAUAUAGACAGGAGAAGAAACAGCAGACACUCAUUGAGAAAUAGGGAGACAGGGACACCGAGGAGUCAAAGAGGAAGAGGAACCAGGGGGUGUGAAAGACAGAGACCCCUGAAGGCAUCGCCACCUGGACACUGGAGCCUGAGAGAUGGGGGGCCCAGCGCACCUCAGCCCUCCCCGGGCCCUGCUCCUUGGGGCUGCCUUAGGGGCUGCAGCUCACAUCGGUCCGGCGCCUGCCCCCGAGGAUUGGUGGACCUACAAAGAUAAUCUGCAGGGAAGCUUCGUCCCAGGGCCGCCCUUCUGGGGCCUGGUAAACGCAGCCUGGAGUCUGUGUGCCGUGGGGAAACGCCAGAGCCCCGUCGAUGUGGAGCUGAAGAGGGUCCUCUACGAUCCCUUCCUUCCUCCGCUGCGGCUCAGCACCGGAGGAGAGAAGCUUCGAGGGACACUAUACAAUACUGGGCGACAUGUGUCCUUCCUACCAGCCCCAAGGCCUGUGGUCAAUGUGUCUGGGGGGCCCCUCCUCUACAGCCACCGACUAAGCGAGCUUCGUCUCCUCUUUGGUGCGCGAGAUGGGGCCGGUUCGGAGCACCAGAUCAACCAUGAGAGUUUCUCAGCAGAGGUGCAGCUAAUCCACUUUAACCAAGAACUCUAUGGAAAUCUAAGUGCAGCCUCCCGGGGUCCCAAUGGACUGGCUGUCUUGGCACUUUUUGUGAAUGUUGCUGCCAACUCCAACCCCUUCCUAAGCCGCCUUCUUAACAGAGAUACCAUCACCCGGAUCUCCUACAAAAAUGACGCCUACUUCGUGCAGGACCUGAGCCUGGAGCAGCUGUUCCCCGAAUCUUUCGGCUUUAUCACAUACCAGGGCUCGAUGAGCACCCCGCCCUGCUCGGAGACGGUCACCUGGAUUCUCAUCGACCGAGCCCUCAAUGUUACCUCCCUGCAGAUGCACUCUCUGCGGCUCCUGAGCCAGAACCCGCCAUCCCAAAUCUUCCAGAGCCUCAGCGGCAAUGGGCGGCCCCUGCAGCCCCUGGCCCAUCGCGCCCUCCGAGGCAACCGGGACCCGCGACACCCGGAGAGGCGCUGCCGGGGCCCCAACUACCGACUGCACGUGGACGGUGCCCGCUGAGAAGAGGACCUGCUUGCCUCCCCCCUCUUCUCCCCCAGAUAAAUCUAUUAAAGAGACAGAACACCC